UUUCUCUCAUUUCCAUUUUCUUUCCAAACGACUUCGUCUCCUCCCACCAUUCCUCUUCUUCUUCUUCUUCUUCUUCUUCUUCUUCUUCUUCUUCUUCUUCUUCUUCUUCUUCUUCUUCAACGUCGUCUCCGCCUAAUCAAGCCUGCAACGUCUUUAUACCGUCUUUCUUCUUCUCCGGUUAAGACUUGUGAUUCAUGAGUUGAGUCACAGGGAAAAAGCAUGUUCGACUGUGGCAAAAAAAUAGUGAAAUCACAAGUUAUCAGUGGCCAACUCGAGAAGUUUGUAAGUUUCUUUUGUUCUUCACAGGUUGGAUAGUAUGGAUUCUAAGUACUCGCAGACUUCUGAGUCAGCUCUUAACAAAUGCACACUUAAUUUACAAGGACCAGCACGUGGUGGUGCUCAGGGAAACAAUGCAUCAUCUGGUUCCUUUAAGAAAGGAUUUAGAAAAGGUUCCAAAGGGCUUUGGUCUUUAGGAAGAUCAAUCGGUCUCGGGGUUUCACGGGCGGUUUUUCCAGAAGAUCUUAAAGUAUCAGAGAAGAAGAUAUUCGAUCCACAGGACAAGUUUCUUGUGCUCUGCAACAAGCUUUUCGUUACUUCUUGCAUCCUCGCGGUCUCUGUUGAUCCGCUCUUCUUGUACCUUCCGUUUGUUAUGGAUCAAGAGAAAUGUAUCGGCAUAGACCGGAGAUUGGCUAUCAUAGCAACAACUCUGCGGACGAUAGUCGAUGUGUUUUAUCUUUUUCGCAUGGCUCUACAGUUUAGAACAGCUUUUGUUGCUCCUUCUUCUCGGGUUUUUGGGCGUGGCGAGCUUGUGAUCGACCCUGCACAGAUAGCAAAACGGUAUUUGCAGCAGUAUUUCAUCGUUGACUUCCUUUCCGUGCUUCCACUUCCACAGAUUGUAGUUUGGAGAUUUCUGUACACCUCUAGAGGUGCAAAUGUGCUGGCAACAAAGCAAGCGUUGCGAUCCAUCAUUUUAGUUCAAUAUAUUCCUAGAUUUAUCCGGAUAUAUCCUUUAAGCUCAGAGCUAAAGAGAACAGCUGGUGUGUUUGCUGAAACCGCUUGGGCUGGUGCAGCUUAUUACUUGCUACUCUACAUGCUUGCUAGUCAUAUUGUUGGGGCUUUAUGGUACUUACUGGCUUUAGAACGCAUCAACGGAUGCUGGAAGAAGGCUUGCUUUAAUAGCGGGAACUGUACCAGAAACUUCCUGUUUUGCGGUAAUGAAAACAUGGUUGGUUAUGCUGCUUGGAGUACCAUUAAGGAAUCAGUUCUCCAGACAAGUUGUCCCUUCAAUGUGACCGAUGAUGACAAUCCUCCUUUUGAUUUCGGAAUCUACUUAAGAGCCCUGUCUUCUGGCAUUGUCUCAUCUGAGAGCUUUGUAGCUAAGUACUUCUUCUGUUUGUGGUGGGGACUUCAGAAUCUCAGCACUCUUGGUCAAGGGCUUCAAACAAGCACAUAUCCUGGAGAGAUUAUAUUCUCCAUAGCACUUGCUAUCGCUGGGCUUCUACUCUUUGCUCUUCUCAUUGGGAACAUGCAGACUUAUCUCCAAUCGCUUACUAUCCGGCUUGAAGAAAUGAGAGUGAAGAGACGUGACUCAGAACAGUGGAUGCAUCAUCGGAUGCUUCCACCGGACCUGCGGGAACGAGUCAGACGAUAUGACCAGUACAAAUGGUUGGAGACACGCGGAGUUGAUGAGGAGAAUUUGGUUCAGAAUCUGCCAAAGGAUCUGAGAAGAGAUAUCAAACGACAUCUAUGUCUAGCUUUGGUUCGAAGGGUUCCGUUGUUUGAGAAUAUGGAAGAGAGGCUGCUCGAUGCAAUAUGUGAACGUUUGAAGCCGUGUCUGUACACAGAGAACUCUUAUAUGGUUCGGGAAGGAGACCCGGUUAAUGAGAUGCUCUUCAUAAUCCGUGGUCGGCUCGAGAGUGUGACCACUGAUGGCGGGAGAAGCGGUUUCUUCAACCGGAGUUUGCUUAAAGAAGGAGACUUUUGCGGCGAGGAGCUCUUGACAUGGGCACUUGAUCCCAAAUCUGGUUCAAACCUACCGUCCUCCACCAGAACCGCAAAGGCGCUAACCGAAGUAGAGGCUUUCGCUUUGAUAGCCGAUGAGCUCAAAUUCGUGGCUAGCCAGUUCAGGAGACUGCACAGCAGGCAAGUCCAGCACACUUUCAGAUUCUAUUCACAGCAAUGGAGGACUUGGGCUGCUAUUUUUAUACAAGCCGCGUGGCGGAGAUACGUGAAGAAGAAGAAACUCGAGCAGCUUAAGAAAGAAGAAGAAGCAGGAGAAGGAGAAGGGUCGGUUGCUAGCAUCAGAGCGACGUUCUUGGCAUCAAAGUUUGCUGCAAAUGCACUUCGGAAAGUUCACAAGAACCGUAUUGCAGCAAAAUCUACUACAGAACUCGUGAAAUUUCAAAAGCCUUCAGAACCUGACUUCUCUGCUGAUGAACCUUAACAAAACAAAGAUGCUGACUAAAUCUGUAUAAGUAAUCGUUGAAAGCUUCUUAUAACUCGGAAUGAAUUUUUUAAUUUUAUUUGUUAUUGUUUGAUUUGUUCUGCAACACUAAGAUAAGAAAAAGGUGGUUAUAUAAAUGAUUAUUUGCGAUUGGUUUUUA